UAGUGAUGUUCUUUCUCAAGCAUUAGAAACUCCUGAACAUUCGGGUAGAGUGAGAGGCGUUGGAGGCUUUGUCAAUCCCUCAACCUACUUUAAGAUGCCGAAGCAGAAAAGGAUUAGAAUUACCAAGGCAGAAUUACUAGCACGUGAUAGAGAGCGUGAUCGUGAAUUGGAAGAGACAAAGAAAAUGCUCGCUGCACAACAAGCAAGGACAGAAGAGCGUUUACAUAAAAAGAUUGCUCAAUUAGAAGCACUAAUAACAGGGAAGACACCUUACACUUCACCUUUGAAUGUUCAUGUUGUAGGAGAGAAUACAAUUUCUCCUAUAUCGGAUAAAGGGAGUUUCCAAGAUAUAAGAAGAAAUACCUCCAAUAUUCUUGAUGAACCGAAGGUGAAACAAGAGGUUGACGACUGCGAGGUUGUUCCUCCCCCUACUGAAAUGGGUGGCACAUGUGAGUUAGCAGUGGACACCAUUAGCAACAUAGUUGCUUUUGGUACUGUUUUUGAUGAAGAGGAUGUCAGUAGGGUGAUACAUGGAGUUCCAAUGAAGGAGGGGUGUGUUAGGGUGUCUGUGGAUGGUGCCAUUCAAGAGGAAGCACGACUUCCUUUCCCAGUGGGUGAUGAGAUGGAAUUGGUUGGCCAAGCUGUUGGAAGUCAUGUGGCUUGGCCUGAAGAGCUUGUUAUUCGAAGAGUGAAUAAGAAAAAGAAAAGAAAGAUGGAUUUUGUCAAACAACUGUUUGACAAAGCUGAGCUAAACCCGUUUGUGCCCAAGCGUUGUAAGUUGUUGUACAAGCAUGCCAAGACUAUUAUGAGCCAAACCAAUGAGUCGAUAAGGACAAUGUUGGAUGAUAGUGUCUUUGGGGUACAGAAACAGCUCUUCAUAUUGACUGAGAAUGUCAUUGAUCUCUUAGAAAUGAAUAAGAUUGGCCAAGGAGUGAUAGCAGCAUAUAUGGCGAACCUACAUGAGACUCUCCGUGAGAGAGAUGAGUUGGAUACUUUUGGCUUCAUUGAUCCGGCAGCCACAUAUAUGUGUGAGAGAUCGGAAUUUGUCCCUUACUUGGUGAAUCGGUUGAAAGAGGGUAAGGGUGAUCGUAUAUUUUUAAUGGCCUACAAUCCGGGGGAACAUUGGAUAUUGACAAUCAUUUGGGAAGAUGAGAUUUAUAUCGUCGACCCUUUGCCAAAACCAGUGCAUUACAAACCAUGGGAAAAUGCAGUGAUAAAUGCAGUUAAAACUUACAAUGCUGAAAAGGGGAGGGUUACCAAAGUGCCUAAGUUAAAAUUACUUCCGGGCGCACCUAAGCAGCCGGGUGGAGUUGAGUGUGGUUAUUAUGUUAUGCGGUACAUGAAGGAUAUUAUUAAUGAUGACACGCUUUCGUUUUCAACCAAGUGGGCGGUAAAGGAUCGGAAAGGGUAUACCCAACAACAACUUGACGAGGUCCGCAUUGAAGUAGCCGACUACUUACAGACUCUGCUGUAGGUUCUGACCAGUUUCUUGAUUUUGAGUUAGGCUAGCUUUUAACUAACUUUUUUGUAGCAAUUAUGAACAAACAAGAAUACUAA